UUUAGCUAACACUCUACCCCAAAGCAAAAGGGUUAGAACCCAAUGCUAGCUUAGCCCCAACCACCCUCUGCUAGCUUAGCUACACAAACCACUGAAUCCUGAGUACUCCAACCUCUGCUCCUAUAAAUCACCCCAAAACCUCACUCACCAACUCACACUCUCCACAACACCCCAACUCUGAAGCUGCUUGCUUGGAGUCUAGGACCAGCAUUCACAAGCACAAUGAAGCUCAACACCACCACCACCCUGGCUCUCCUCCUGCUCCUGCUCUUGGCCUCCUCUUCCCUCCAAGUUUCCAUGGCUGGAUCAGAUUUCUGCGACGGCAAGUGCAAGGUGAGGUGCUCGAAGGCGAGCAGGCACGACGACUGCCUCAAGUACUGCGGCGUGUGCUGCGCCUCCUGCAACUGCGUGCCGUCGGGGACGGCCGGCAACAAGGACGAGUGCCCCUGCUACCGCGACAUGACCACCGGCCAUGGCGCUCGCAAGAGGCCCAAGUGCCCAUGAUCAUUUUUGCAUUAUGCAUGCUACAUGAUGCUUAGCCAUCAUCCGUAGUUGCUUUGCAUGCAUGAUGCAUGCUCAUGAUCGAGAUGGAGUAGUAGAUAUAUGCAUAUGCUUGCCAUGAUCGAUCGUAUGGACCAUGCAAAGUAUGCUUGUUUGUGUGAGGAUCGACUCGAUCUUGAGUCUUUCCAUGUUCUUGGUUUUCUUUUUUUACUGCUAGUUAAUUACUAUGGAGUACAUGUGAAUAUGACAUCGGAUAUGUAAUGUAUACAUGCAUGCCUGGUGAUAAUAAUGGUGUGUGUGCUGUAAUAAAGUGUUGGCUUAAUUGGUGUAGUACAUGUUCAGUUUA